AUGCCGGGAUGCAAGCUCUUAUCGGAUGUGGAAACAGCGGCUACACCGAGCCUUCAGUUCUGCAUGGCAUCAGAACGUGUGCCUCCCUUGCACAACCAUUCAAUAGGAAGUAUAGGAAAGGCUUAUCGUUUGACUUGUCCAUCAGAGGUCGUCUCCAGGCCUUCAUGGAGUAGCCAGAGAACCGAGCUGACAGGCAAUGUUUUCAUCGACUACAGACGAUACAGCACCCGUCGGCUUCAUGACUUGCAAGCGCUGCAGCACUCUUCUGAGACAGCGGCCAUCCAGUCAUUAUCGCUCACCUGCCGUCGGUCGCUCUUGAGUUGCCACUCUGCAUCUAUCACCCGUCUAUCCUUGGACCACACGAGAAGGUAUCUACUAAGCAGCAGUAGGGACUGCAGUAUCGCCCUCUACGACUUGGAGGCAGACAUGGCUUGGAACCUGAAUGGAGGAUUCGGCCCAGAUCCAAAGGUGCACCCUGUUGGUUAUGUGCAGAGAAAACCUGACAGGCCUCCGCGGCGCAUUUUGCGUCCACUGCGCUUUCAACCAGCGGCAUCACGAAUUGUCCAGGGGAAACGCACCACUCGGCAGGGCUUCAACGUUGCCUCUUCUACUGGGCCUCAAAGAGGUCACUCGCGCUCUGCUACCUGCGUCGAGUUCAUGCCAGGAGAUAACGGGUUGUUCGUCUCCGCUGGACUAGACAAAAUUCUUAAGAUAUGGGACACGCGUGCCUGGGACUGUGUUCUGGACAUCCCAGUUGAGAGUCCGAUCCUUUGCUGUGCCUUUGACCGGGUGGUAUUCCAAACAAAAGCUGCUUCCAGCAGCACCAAGGCGCUAACGGCAGGUUCACAGUCUUGUUCGGAAGAAGCACCAGCGGAUCUUCUACUUGCUGCAGGCUGUGAAGAUGGCGGAAUCCGCAUUUUUGAUAUGAGAUGUGGAGUCGCCCAGCAGACUCUGCUUGGCCAUAAUGGUGGCGUGGUGACGGCAGCAUGGGACUUGUGUUCUUCAUACCAACUAUUUUCGGGUUCUUCUGACAGGUCGAUCAGGAAGUGGGAUCUUCGACAGGGUGACUCUCCUGUACUGAUUUUCGACAAGAAUAAACCGGAUCUCGAGUUUAUUGGCAAUCGACGAUCCCAAUCACCUGUUUUCCGCCAGCUGCUGCAUAGCGAAGGUUUCUUCGGGCGGGGUUAUCCCGGUGAACAGGUAGCUCUACACGAAGCUCAAAAGGGCCAACCAUUUCUGGCUUUGAAGGACAGCAUUUUUGGCGGAAGGGAUUUCCAUCUCGAUAAUGUGGCGGCAGCAGCAGCUUCCGCUGCGUUCUCCAUGGACGCUUCCUUUUCCCCAGUCAUACCAUUGCAAGCGAGUUCUACUCUACAUAUGCAGAAGUCGUAUGAGCCUGUGGCUGGCAGACUCCAGCCUCAGCUUCAAUCUCAGGGAAAAAGGUCAACACUACACCGUAUGGAUGAUCGGAUUGACUCUAGCAGAGUGUCAGGGCAGAGGAGACAAUCAAAACUUCAAAAAGUGCAAGAUUCCUCGUCGCUCAGGAAAAUAUGCCAUCCACGUGGCAGUCCCAGGCAUGAUCCGGAAUCAGAUGGCAGCCCACCAUUUCAUGAACAGAAAAAAUUUGGCAUGUACAGUGGACAUGACAUGGCCGAUCCGCACACCAAGUUUCCAGCUGCAAGGUGUAACAGUGGUUCCUUUGGUGGUCAGGACUCAACCUCCGCUGCAAACAACGAUCUUGGGUUUGUUCGUGACAGAACCUGUGCCAGCCAUCACGUUCCGGAGAAACAUGGUUUUGAGACAGGGGGCGAUGCAGUCAACAAGAGAAACGUGGCUUUCAAACGUCGCUUUGAUGAUUCACCUUCCCAUGAGAAAAGUGCUUUCCAUACUCCGGUUUUGGCGGAUCGCAAUGCCACUCAGGGGGACCGUCUAGCGGAGCUGAUGAGUACAUAUGGGAAACUUUUAAGGGCACACAAUCGUGCAUGCAAGGUCCCAUCUGCAGCCGGAAUCGAUGGUAUAGCUAGUAAUGAUCCGCAAGUACUGCGAACAAAUGAGAUCCGCGCAAGUCGAAGAGGGACCUCUACUGCCGAGAGCACACAGGGCGCUUCGGAAGAGGCUUGGCAUGAGCUUGGCCAAGAAAGAUGUGGAACAGCAUCUAGUCAGUCAUUACACAACAUGCCCAGCGAGAGGAUAUAUGUCCAUAAUUCACGUGACAGCGAAUGGUGCGGACUUGGGGUGAUAAGCGAAGAUGGACUGCAGAGCACAAUGAGUCCUCAUCCACGCAAUAAAAAUGCUUCUAACAAAUUAACUAUGGAUGCCAACCACUUUUUUCAGGUCUGUGCACAUGAUGGAGCAGUAACGUGUCUUGUACCUAGCCCAGCUGGUUCUUACCUUAUAUCUUCGGGGGACGAUGGACAAAUCCGCUUGUGGAAUGCCGCUACCGGCUGUCAUUGCUUUGUUUACAUGAGUCUUAACAUAAUUCGCAAUAGAUCCAGCCCUGCAACCUCUAAUUCUGAUUCGCGGCCCAGACGUGCUGUGCAACAUUCCAGUGUGCGAAGGUUAGCCGAGCUGGGAAGUGCAAAAGCAUGCGGACGACUUUGGGGCAAGCAAGCAGCCAUAUCGUCCACCGGGCAAUACGUUAUCCACGGAAGAGGCCGGGUGCUUUGCACCUACGACGUUUUCUCAGGAGCAGAGCAGCAAAUAAUUACUCCUGGUCACACACAUGAUAUCAUCUGUGUUGCGUGGAAUGGCCAGAAAGGAGAAGCAUAUUCCGGUGCUUCUGAUGGAGCGGUUCUCAUUUACGACUCGUUGUGUGAUGCAGAUGGACAGGAUGACGAAGAGGCAAGCGAGGAGGAUGACGCUAACAUCGUUGACGUCGUACCCAACAAUUUCGUCUAA